AACACGUCGUAAGAGUAACAACCAGCUCUUCUCCUCUUUCCCCUCCUCUGCAUAGAGAGCUCCAUGGGUCCACUGUCCAGCCAAGGAAAGAAAGAUUACAGACGAAGCAAAGCUACCAAAGACAGCGUGGAGCUCAAAUACUAAAAAUGGAUUUCAUAUCUCUGCUCGUCCCCUUUUUCGUCCUCAAACUUAUGAUCAAAUUAAAGCACAACAGCCCCAAUUCCUUCAUCAUUAGGCGUCUCUUCCACACCACCCUCCCCCAUUAAUCCCCCUUUUACCCCACCACGCCUUCACUCCAACACUGCACCAAAUUUUCCACAUUUUCACCUGCCCCCCUAUUCAAAGUCCCCGUCUUUAACCUUAAAUCACACACCCAUCUCCACAUUGUUCCUACCCCAUCAAAAUUUGACUCGUUUCCCAUUUUUUUUGGGUGUUUGAAUUCUGGGUAUCUGAGUGUUCUCGGACCAUGUCAGCUUUGGUGUCGCUGAAGACGUCGCCUUUGAGGACGCCGGGGCGGUCGGUGAUCGGACCCGACCCGGUUCACUCAAACGGGUCGAAUGGCUUCACCAAAACCCCGUCGCCGUCCGGCUCAAGAGCCCGACCCGCCAAAAAGGCCGCCGCCCAGCCCGUCGACGAGGCCUCGCUGGACAACCCGGAUCUGGGUCCCUUCCUGCUGAAGCUCGCCAGAGAGACGGUCGGGUCGGGCGAGAACCCGAACAAGGCCUUGGACUACGCUGUUCGGGCCUCCAAGUCGUUCGAGCUGUGUUCGGGUCCCGGCCUUGACCUGGCCAUGAGCCUGCACCUGGUGGCGGCGAUCUACUGUAGCUUGGGCCGGUUUGAGGAGGCGACUCGGGUUCUGGAGCGGUCCAUUGAGGUCUCGGAUCCCGAAAACGGGUCGGACCAUGCUCUGGCUAAGUUCUCCGGCUACAUGCAGCUGGGUGACACGUACUCUAUGCUGGGACAGCUUGAGCAGUCUAUAUUGUGCUACGGGUCGGGUCUGAAGAUCCAGAUGGACACUCUCGGUGAGUCCGACCCGAGAGUUGCCGAGACUUGCAGGUACCUAGCGGAGGCACAUGUCCAAGUUAUGCAAUUUGAUGAAGCAGAGAACUAUAGUAUGAAGACUCUUGAAAUUCACAGGGAGCAUAAGGGACCUGCGUCUAUUGAAGAAGCUGCUGACCGUCGUCUCAUGGCUCUCAUCUAUGAGGCAAAGGGAGAUUAUGAAUCUGCGCUUGAGCACCUUGUCCUUGCUAGCAUGCUAAUGAUUGCCAAUGGGCAAGACAAUGAGGUUGCCGCUAUUGAUAUGGGGAUUGGUGACAUUUACUUGUCUCUUUGUCGCUUUGACGAGGCUGUUUUCUCCUACCAGAAAGCGCUCACAGUCUUCAAAUCUACAAGGGGUGAAAAUCAUCCUUCUGUGGCAUCAGUCUUUAUUCGCCUUGCUGAUCUGUAUUACAAGACAGGGAAGUUAAGAGAGUCUAAAUCCUACUGUGAGAAUGCCUUGAGGAUAUAUGCUAAACCUUUGCCCGGAAUUGUCUCCGAGGAAAUUGCCACCGGGUUGACUGAAAUUGCAGCCAUUUAUGAAGCUGUGAAUGAGCCUGAAGAGGCACUAAAGCUCUUGCAAAAGGCCAUGAAGUUACUGGAGGAUACCCCUGCACACCGGAGCACUAUUGCAGGAAUAGAAGCACAGAUGGGGGUUAUGUUCUACAUGCUUGGGAGGUUUGGGGAAGCUUGGAGUUCAUUGGACAGUGCUAUAGAGAAGCUUCGGGCCAGCGGGGAGAGGAAAUCAGCCUAUUUUGGUAUUGUGCUGAACCAAUUGGGAUUGUCUUGUGUGCAGUUAUACAAAUUAGGUGAGGCUGCUCGACUCUUUGAAGAAGCAAGGGAUAUACUUGAGCAGGAGUGCGGCAUUUGUCACUUGGAUACUCUUGGAGUAUAUAGCAACCUUGCAGCAACUUAUGAUGCCAUGGGAAGGGUAGAAUCUGCAAUUGAGAUAUUAGAGUACAUUCUGAAGGUGAGGGAAGAAAAGCUUGGGACGGCAAAUCCAGAUGUUGAUGAUGAGAAGAAAAGAUUAGCUGAUCUCUUGAAAGAAGCAGGAAGGGCGCGGAACAGAAAGGGAAAAUCGCUUGAAAAUCUACUCGGUGGCUCCAACUCCCAAAGGAUGAAGAAGGAUGGAAUGAAGAAGUGGUCUGGAACUAGUUUCAAAACUUGACCAAGAAACCUUUCCCCCUUCGGCUGUUCGUUCCCUUGCUGCCAGUUUUGUUAUUUAUCUGAUUUUGUAGAUAUCAUUGUAUUAGAAAGCUUUAUGUGAUUCAAUUUCCACUUGUUUUCACUUCCCUUUAAUUCCUUAGUCACUCACUUGUAUCCUGGAUAUUUUCCUUUAAAUAUUUAACACGCCUGUUUCUUAAGAACCAAAUUUGGUUGGUUGUUAUUA